AUGAAGCGAAUCUUGGGCAUCGACUUUUCACCGCUAGCCGAUCCAUGGGAGCAGAAACUCUACACGCUUGGCGCAAAGUACCCCGUAAUUUUACAGAUCUUCACAUGGCAAUGGCACAUUCUAAUUCUGUACUCGUUGUGGUACUUGUAUGACCGAAAAUCGCCAGAGAACGGCGGGUAUCGUAAUAACUUUCCGCAAAGAUGGAUAUUCUACAAAUGGUUUGCCAAAUACUUCCCAGUAACUCUUCACAAAACAGCUGAGCUGCCACCAGAUAAGAAUUACAUUAUUGGCUAUCAUCCACAUGGUAUUUUAUGCAUGGCUAUUACGGCAAAUUUCUCCUCAGAAGGCACUGAUAAAAGCAAAGUGGUAAGCAAUUUUCGAUGA